AGGCAACAUCCGAUUUGACCGAUAACCAGGUAUAAAAACGGCCGAUUUCGGUACUGGACCUCACAGUAGCAAGUAUCAGCUUCUCUACAAGCAACUCCCUUGCAGCUUCUCCACUUCUCACCAAAGAUGAAACUCAUCGCCAUCGUCUCAGUCCUCGUUUUGGCCAUCGGCGCAUCCAACGCCAAGAGCCUCCGUGCCAGCAGCAUCACUGACGCCGAAUUGCUCACCGUGUCCAAGGACUUGCACACCGGUGAUGUCAACGGAGCCGUUGUCACUUUGGACCUGCAGAGCCAGACCGCUGCUGGAAGCAUGGCAGAUGUUGCUCCCGGCCCAAUUAUCGUCAGCGACCCACUUCCCGACUUUGCCAAGCCAACCUUCGCCGCAUUCCAGGCUCUGCUCAACAACUACCAGAAGAACGUCACCAUCCAAGACACGUUCACUCCCGAGCAGUUGGCCGAAGAAGUGGCUUUCAUCGACGCCGUCAUGGAGACUAGCGUGAUGCAAUCACUCCACACCUUCCUCGUUUCCAAAGGUGAGGCCAGCGCCGAUGUUGCCGUUUUCAAGCAAUUCCUGAGCACCAUCUGGUUCGGCCGCUGGUCCGAAUACGUUGCCGGCGUUGUGGCCAGCAGCGGCUGGGAGCACACCAACGUCUUCGAGAGGCUGGAGGAUAACACCAUCGUCGGCUACCACAGCUGGAUUUACUUGUACAACGAACAGGAGGAUGGCGACUUCAACUACUUGGGCUACAUCGAAACGCUGGACACCGGCAAGACCACCGUCGUCUCCAUGCCCGUCGACCUCUACGGCAGCACCAAGGCCGUCACCCAAUUCAAUUUUGGCGCCAGCCCCGAACUGGAACUCGCCCUCGGCACCUUGUGCUUCGUCGCCCGUCCCGACCUCGCUUGCGUCGUCAGCGGCUCCAACGGCGCCGCCUACAACUGGGACACCCACACCGUCACCUACAACGGUGUCCAGUACGUCGAGAGCUCCCACCCCAUCUUUGAAUGAGCUCAGACUAUAGCGGGAACGGAUUUUUCAAAAACGACCGAGUCUAUAAUAGUGGCUCCUCAACUUCUAUUUUGAUUACGCAAUAUUGAUUGCGACUGUGUAAUGAUGUCAGCUGUACAGUGUUUUCGCGAUAUGUAAACCCAGUCGUGAAUAAUAUACCUUUUCUAUUAUUCCGCAGAGAAAA